AUGAGCAAACGACCACACUCAGAGGCGAGAAGGGGGAACGAUGUCAGCAAAAGGCCGCGUCUAGAAGGUGAUGUCACCGCGAGGGCCCUCGAGGACAUCGCCUCAAAUGCGGAUGAACUUAUAGCCUACCUCGAAGCACUGAAAGCGUGGCAGAAGAACGAGGACCCGGCAUCGCCCUUCUCGCAUGCAGCGGAGCUGGGAACCCUGAGCAGAGAACUGAGCGGCUCGUUUGAAGUAUUGCAAAAUAUUCCCAGCAAAAUUGGCGACAAUCAUGACGUCUCGGGUUCACCCCUCGAAUGCGCACCGAUUCCAUCGUGGACGGUCAAGCCUUGGACAGUGGCAGACAUACCGCGGGAGAUGCCGCCGCUACCAAAGAUCAAGGACGCCACCCUGGAACGGCAGGCGUUCACUCACCCAGGAGUCGCGGGGCAUAAUGGCUACGAACGCCUAGAAUGGCUAGGAGACGCCUACCUCGAGUUGAUUGCUACGGCCCUCAUCGACCGCACGUUCCCGACCAUGCCGUCGGGCCGCUGCUCUCAGGUGCGAGAGCAGCUGGUGCGCAACAUUACCUUGUCGCGCUUCUUCCGCGACUACAACAUGGACGCCAAGGCCAUCCUCCCUCCCGACUUCAAGCAGGAUCUGGCCGCCCAGCGAGCCGGACGAGGCCGUUCGUCAGACAAGGAUGUCAUCAAGACACAGGGUGACAUGUUUGAGGCCUAUGUGGCGGCCGUCAUCCUCGACGACAAGGAAAACGGGUUGGCCAACUGCAUCAAGUGGCUCAGGGAUGUCUGGUCCAUGGCCAUCAAGGAUCACAUUGUGCGCGAAGAGAAGGAUGGCGGCAGCAGCCAGCAGAAGCCAAACGCAUUGGCAGAAGCGCCACAACCAGCAUCAGGAGAUGCGCAAGGAGGAGUAGAACCGACAUCGGCGACACAAGACGGAGAAGAAGCGACUACGAAAAAGAAGGUGUCUCCCAAGGAACAGCUAGCCAAGCUCAUUGUGGUCAAAGGAAUCGACAUUAAAUACAAGGAUAUACCGGGCAAAGAAAAGAAGGACAGAUAUCUCGGUCUGCCACUGUUCACGGUGGGCGUGUACCUGACGGGUUGGGGCGAGAACGACAAGCUGCUAGGGUGGGGAACGGCUCUCAACAAGAAGGAGGCCGGGCAGAAGGCGGCCAUGCGGGCCAUAGAGAAUAAGAAGCAGUUGAAGAUUUACUGCCAGAAGAAGCAGCAGAGUAUGGCGGCAGCGGCAGCCGAGGUUUUGGAAGCAGGAAUAACGUCGUAG